AUGUCUAAAUGGCCUCGUCACUAUCGACCAGUUAAAUCCCGCACAUAUUAUACUGCUGAGCAUCAGAAUUCCCAACCCCCUGGAUUCUUUUCGCUUCUCAAACCGCGUGGAAUUAUUCAAUCCUCGGGAAUGGAUUCACCAGACAUAUCCAUUUCUGGGAGAGUAAAGGAAACGCUCAAUCGGUCAAAUCAAUCGCAUUUAUCUAUGGGCUGGCUAAAAGCAGAACCUGCUGCUGUCACGACCUACCAAAUUUCCAAUCAAACUCAGCUGGAUCGGCAGGCUGAACUGGAGAAGGCAACGAAGGAAGUGAUAUCUGAAAACAUUUCAGUUUCAAUUUCCUCAGUAUCUACAGCCACAUAUAAGCAGCAAGUGCCAACAGAAUAUCAGGUAACCAAGGCUCCAUUCGAGACACUCUCUGACCAAAAUACGCAAAAAGAACAAGUUCACGUCUUUGGGCGAUUUGACCUUAGUCAAAAUGAUGCAGAACGUCAAGCGGACGAGGCUAUUAUGGACAAGUCAGAUGGUGGAAGUAAAACCGGUAGCAUUGGACCUGAUAACAGUGGAAAUAUUUCAUCCAAAAUGCAGCUAGUGCGCUCAGUAUCAGGUGGUGGUCUUUUACUAUACAACACUUCAUGGCCAGAGAUAGCAGCUUCAGAAAUGGAUGGUGAUAUAAAUGAAGAUGAUGAGAGUGAGAAUGAAGGUGUGGAAACCUAUGAAUAUGAGAGUGAAGCUUGGUCCGGCCAGCCCGUAGAAAAACCCUCCUUAGUGAGUUCUGGAAUGGCACGGCACGUUGGAAGUUCCGAUGCUGCGAUUGGGACUACGAUGGAAUCUGAGGGCCAAGAAACAAAACGAAACAAAGAUUCUUAUGCCUUGGCUAAAAAGCAGCACUACCAGAUGAAUACGGGCCUUCAUGAUCACGAGCCAUAUUGUAAGUAG